GCCUCCCCGCAGUAAGCGCGGUCCCGCAGCGCUGCGCUGGCUGAGAGUCUUGCUGGAGGAUGUGAAGGGAUGGAGGAAGAGCUGCGGGGCCUCACCAGCCACGCUGCUGCUGCUGCUGCUCCUGCUGCUCCUGCUGCUCCUGCUGCUGCUCCUUCACCCUUCCCGAGGGCAGGGAGCAGGGCGCAGCGCAGAUCUGUAAGGCUCUGUGGGCAGAGAGGCAGCAUAUGCAAUAGUGGUUAAGUAAGAAGGAGAAGGAAAAAUAACAUCUGUUAUUUACCUUCUGCAAAUGGCUGUGUUUUGCCUAGACGUAUGAGCUCUCUCUAAAGCACUUCGUGCAACGUUCAAAAGCGGAUCAAAUCUGUGGGACAUGGCACAAGGAAAUAAUUAUGGGCAAAGCAGCAACGGGGUGGCUGACGAAUCCCCAAACAUGCUGGUGUACAGAAAGAUGGAAGACGUCAUAGCCCGCAUGCAAGAUGAGAAAAAUGGGAUUCCUAUUCGUACUGUCAAAAGUUUUCUUUCCAAGAUCCCCAGUGUCUUUUCUGGUUCAGACAUUGUUCAAUGGUUAACGAAGAACUUAUCUAUAGAAGACCCAGUGGAAGCUCUACACUUGGGAACACUGAUGGCAGCACAUGGCUAUUUCUUUCCAAUCUCAGACCAUGUUCUAACACUAAAGGAUGAUGGCACCUUUUAUCGAUUCCAGACACCCUAUUUUUGGCCAUCAAAUUGUUGGGAGCCGGAAAACACAGACUAUGCCGUUUACCUCUGCAAGCGGACAAUGCAAAACAAAGCAAGGCUAGAGCUAGCAGACUAUGAAGCUGAGAGUUUGGCCAGGCUACAGCGAGCAUUUGCUCGGAAAUGGGAGUUUAUUUUUAUGCAAGCUGAAGCACAAGCAAAAGUCGACAAGAAGAGAGACAAGAUAGAGAGGAAGAUUCUUGACAGCCAGGAGCGAGCAUUCUGGGACGUACACCGCCCGGUGCCUGGAUGCGUAAACACUACUGAAGUGGAUAUAAAAAAAUCUUCAAGAAUGAGAAAUCCACAUAAAACAAGAAAGUCUGUCUAUGGCUUACAAAACGACAUUCGAAGUCACAGCCCUACCCACACACCAGUACCAGAGACUAAGCCACCCACAGAAGAUGAACUACACCAAGAGAUUAAGCACUGGCAAAUGCAAUUAGACAGACAUAGAUUAAAAAUGUCAAAAGUUGCAGAGAGUCUAUUAGCUUAUACAGAGCAGUAUUUGGAAUAUGAUCCUUUUCUUGUGCCCCCUGAUCCCUCAAACCCUUGGAUAUCAGAUGACACCACUUUCUGGGAACUGGAGACAAGCAAAGAGCCAGGACAGCAGAGGGUGAAACGAUGGGGGUUUGGCAUGGAUGAAGCUCUGAAAGACCCUGUGGGAAGAGAGCAGUUUCUCAAAUUCCUGGAGUCAGAAUUCAGUUCAGAAAAUUUAAGGUUCUGGUUAGCAGUAGAAGACCUGAAGAAGAGGCCUAUCCGUGAAGUUCCUGCUCGCGUCCAAGAAAUCUGGCAAGAAUUUCUUGCUCCAGGUGCACCCAGCGCUAUCAAUCUAGAUUCAAAAAGUUAUGACAAAACUACGCAGAAUGUAAAGGACCCUGGAAGAUACACAUUUGAAGAUGCUCAGGAGCACAUUUACAAACUGAUGAAAAGUGAUUCUUAUCCUCGUUUUAUACGAUCCAGUGCCUACCAGGAGCUGCUACAGGCCAAGAAAAAGUUGGAAAACACUCUGGAUCGUCGAACAUCUUUUGAGAAAUUCACACGCAAUGUGGCAUUACAGACUCCGAGGGACUCUCUAGCCUUUCGAUGCCUCCAUUUCGAAAACUGUCUGCUCACUUCCUCCUUCAUAUCAAGCUGGAUCUGUGUCUUUUUAUUUUCUGCAAGCUCAAGUACAGUGAAAAAAAAGCUUCUGCUAGGCACAGUUUAUUAAAAAAAUACGUCAAUCAAAAACUGGAAGAAAUGUAAAAAAUGCAUAUAUUAAUAAAUAUACAUAUGGCAUCACAUUUAUUGCACAAUAAAUUAGCACAGAAGGUUUCAUUUCACUGAUGUAUUCACAUUGAGAAAGAAAGCCUGUGUCUUUGUCUGUUGUCUGUAUAUUCUCUGUUAAUGUUUCUUGCAUUUAUUUUUAUACCAUAUUUAAAAAAGAACACCUUUUACUCCAGAUGUAUUAAAGUUGAUCCUUUCUCUGUAAA